UCUAUUAUCUAUGGUUAUCGACGUUAACUGACGUUAACCUAGAAAAAGUGUUAAAAAUCAUAUAUAAAUACUAAAUCAGAAUUAUUAUAUUCCUUUUAAACUUUGAAGAAUUAAUGAAUAUUUAAAAAUGCCAAUAUCACAAUUGGCAAGCAGUGAAUCAGCAGGAGAAAGAUCAAAGACAUUCGUGUUUGAAGAUGAGGGGCACACUUUAGGAAAUACUCUGCGAAGUAUAAUUUCAAGCUACAAAGAUGUUCAAUUUUGUGGUUACACAAUAUCUCAUCCGGCAGAAAAGAAAAUGAACUUAAGGAUACAAAUGUAUGAAGGUAGAGCUGUUGAUGCUCUUAGAAGAGGUUUAGAAGAUUUAGUUAAUGUUUGUGAUCACACUUUGGACUUAUUUGAAAAUGAACUGACUACAUUCAAAAAAGAAAACAACAUUGAAAGCUGAAAUUCAUUAUUAUUUUUUAGGAAAAAUAGAUGGUUUACAAUAACGAUUUAUUUACCACAUCAACAAUGUUUAUUAUAUGGGUAGUUGAAUUAAUAAACUAUAUAUAACGUAAAUGUUAUUUUGAAGAAAUGCAAAUACAUGGUUUUCUCAUGAAUGUAA